UUUUCAUGAAAAUGCUCCAAUACCAUAAUCAUACAAACAAAAAACAAACAGUUUCGUUCCGUAAUACCCACCACAUGUUUCUUCAUCAUUGGCUCCUUCUCUUUGGAGCUUGAAUCCUUACCUUUUGUUUUUCCUAUUAUACUCUCAUGCAAGAACAUUACUAAAACAGACAGAAUUCUGUCCAAAGAGUCAGUUUUAGAGAGAGAGAGAGAGAGAGAGAAACCUUAUUACAUGCAGCAAAAAAAAGAAAAACAUGAAACCAACAAAACCACCUGUACUGAAAUACUUUCUUGUUUCCCUUUUCCUUUCUCUUCCUCUCCUUCUCUUCUUCUUCUUCUUCUUCUUCUCUCUCAAAACCACCACCAACCCACCACCGGCAAACGACCGUUCUUCCACCGCCACAAUCACCGGUUUGAAAAUCCGACCAGGGUACAAAACCUACGAUUCAUACAUACAACGUCAACUAAACAAAACCCUCAAUCCUAAGCUAAGAAAAACAUGGUUAACACGUGAUUGGGAUCGUAAAGUUAGAGUCUUUGCACAUUUUUUUCAAGAUUUGAAACAAGAAAACCUUGUUUUUAACAAUUCUAAGGCUUUAAGCAUUGGAGCUCGUGUUGGCCAAGAAGUUGAAGCUUUUAAACGUAUUGGCGUCACUGACUCUGUGGGUAUUGAUCUCGUGCCCUAUCCGCCGUCUGUUAUAAAAGGUGACUUUCAUCAUCAACCGUUUGAUGAUGAGACUUUUGAUUUCGAAUUCUCGAACGUGUUUGAUCAUGCUUUGUUUCCUGAGAAAUUUGUUUCUGAGAUUGAACGGACGUUGAAGCCUGGUGGGGUUUGUGUUUUGCACGUGGCGGUUAAUAGACGGUCCGAUAAGUAUUCUGCUAACGAUUUGUUUAGUGUUCAACCGUUGAUUCAGUUGUUUAAGAACUCGGAGUUGGUUCAUGUCCGGAAAGUUGAUGGGUUCGGAUUGGAUACUGAGGUGGUUUUCAAAAAGAAGAAGGCAUAAUUCUUCUUUUUUCAGUUUGUUUGGUUUUUGUUAUUUUUUAAUUCUUUUAUUUGUAAUCUUCUUUUACAUCUAUAGUAGUUUCUUUUUCAAUAUUUUAAAUGUUCGGUAUUGUCUUAUUUGUUUGUAUAAGUACAAUGUAAUGAAAUGUUCAGAAAGAAAAAAUGUCAAAGCAUUUCUUUUUCAUGUAAAUGCAGUGUAGUUGCAGUAAGAAGCUAUGGAUCUUUUUCAAAAUACUGAAAAAGAAUAAAAAUUGUGCUCUGUAGAUUAGUUUGAAUGGUGUAAAU